CGCCAACUUCGCAAUGAAGUGGCCGAACUCAAAACCCGCCUUGCUUCCCUUGCCUCUGAUCCUCCAGUUCAGCAACAGCACCAACCAAAGUCGGCACCUGCCACUUUAACCAACGAACCCCUCCCAGCCUCCUCUUCUCCCCGCCCACCAUUGGGCUCUGAUGCCUCCUCCUGGGCUGUUGUGACUAAAAAAAAGCGCCCCACUAACACCACCCGUCUCCGACCUGCUGAUGUUCGCAUUUUCCAGACCCCUUCUGGGCCUUUCCAGCUUUAAAUACCUUUACGUUCCCCGUUCUCGCCGCCUGACUCGUCAGGAAACGAGAACCCGUCUUCGCCGCCUCGGCAUCGAUCCCUACCGUGUCCUAGACAUUUGUUUCCCUGCCCGUGCUGUCGUUGGACUUCUUGUCCAUGAGCAGUACUUCGACUUUGCCAUGGCCCAGUUCACCAAGGCCGAAAUCAAACCGUUGGAAAACUUUGAUCCUUUGGAUAUUAGUAUCCUGGCGGAUCCUGAAAUCAAAGCCAUGUCUACCGAACAUCAGGAAGCCUUCGUGUUCGAUUUGUAUCGCACACGCUGUGAAAAAGCAGUGACUCACCUUCCGUACCAUCUUGCCUCCCCCGUUGCGCGCUCCUUUGUCAAGGCCAACAUCUUGGAAGACUCUGAUCUACCCAGACUCUUA